UUCUCUGUCCUUUUUGUCUUUUUUCUGUAUUAGUUUGAGUGUAUCCCAGAUCUGCCUGGUGUUCUUCCAGGUGUACAAACCUGAUUUUCAGUGCCUCAUUUUCCCAGGUUACUAACACAAUAACCUCACAAGAUUCUCCUUCCUAACCUCAAAGCUUACUUGACCUCAUCUAACCAACUGGCACCUGGAGCCAAUACCUUGCCCUUGUGAUAUAGUCUUUUCUCUCUUGAGAGAAGGUGAGUUUUGAAGAAUGCUGUCCUGCAUGAUGUAAUGCUGCUUAGAAAUGUACCUUCACAUGGGGUCCAGAGUGGCAGAAAUAAUAUUUUGUGUAGCUUUCCCUUUCAUGCUGUCUUGCCGUCAUCCUGGCUUCUCUCUGAAAGGGUCCCUUAUAACUUGGUGGCAUAACACGGUGAGAAUGUAACUUGAUUUUGGAGAGAAGAGUCUAAUAUAUAUAUUUUUCAAAUUAGGUUAGAGUUUUAAAACACACUUACCAGAUUUUGCUAAAACAGGACCAUCAGUGUAGUGUUGCAUGCUUUCUAAGCCUGCUCCCCACUUGUGAGCACUGGCUGGGUGUAUCAGAGCAAAAGAGAAGUUGAGGAUACAGGGCACACAUAUGUUCCUAUGUGUAUCUUCCACAUUAUUGAGUCAGCCUGGUGUUUCCCAGUAUAGAAGGCAGGGAUAGAUCUGUUACUGUGGUUUGUGUAAAUAUCAUAUCCGUUACAGUUUGACUGGCUGUUUUUAUGCUAAUGGAGCAAAUACAGCUGAAUCAAAGCAGGCUAAGCAGUAGGAACAAAAAGGUUCAUAUUCUCCGUAUCUCUAUAAACUAUCUUUCUCAACAGCAAAGCUGUCAGCUGAGGAGUGUCACUCAAGCUGUUCUCAGUUUCGAGUGCAAGGGCAACCAACAUCUUUCAAAAGAUGCUGGUGAAGAGGAGAAAGAGGAACUGUCCCAGUUAUAUCUGUGAGCACUGGGAGAACAACUGGAGACAUCCAGUGUGCAAAGCAAAGCCCAGAGUAAUGAAGCUGAAUGUUGCAUGGAGCUGCCAAAGGAGCAUCAGAGUUGAGAACUCAUCUGUUCCUUAAUCAAAGGAGCCAUCCUGCAUCCAGAUAAUGUCAUUCCAUGGAAGUGAAAUAUUAGUGAAUUAGUCCAGUUUACCUAAAGGACUGUAAAAUGGAGCCAAUAACUUUCAAAGUUAAAAAGUGUCAAACGCCUAGUGAUUUCUCAGCAAGUUUCAGUCUCCAGCUCGUGGGUUCUCUCCCAGUGCAUUCCCUAACCACUAUGUCAAUGCUGCCUUGGAUUGUGGCCGAGAUCCAGUUGCUCAGUGCAAAGUCUUCCAAAGAAGAACCCAGCGUCACCCAAAUCCGACUUUGUGUUUCAGCUGCCAGUUUGCGAUGUGAGCCAGACACAGGGAAAACCCAGCAGUGGGAUCCUUUAAUUUGUUCAAGUUUGUUUGAGUACAAGCCACAGCAGGUCCACAAACUGAUUCACAACAGCCAUGAUCCAAGCUACUUUGCUUGUCUGAUAAAGGAUGAAGCAGCAAAUCAGCAAAGUAUCUGCUAUGUAUUUAAAGCUGAUGAUCAGACAAAAGUGCCUGAGAUUAUAAGCUCUAUUCGACAAGCUGGAAAAAUUGCCCGUCAAGAAGAGUUUCAGAAUAAUCUCUCCGAUGUUGAAGACCCUUUUGCCAAAAAGUUUGAGGUGCUGUUCUGUGGACGGGUAACAGUAGCACAUAAAAAUGCACCUCCAGCACUCAUAGAUGAAUGCAUUGAGAAAUUUAACCGUGUAAGUUGUACAAAAAAUUCAGAUUUCAACUCAUCAUCACAACAACAUGAAACUGCCAACAACUUUGGAGGCUUCUCUUUCAGCAGCAAAUUGCGGUCUGUAUUCCAGCCCUUGGUCAAUGAAGAGGAGGAAAAAAGGCCAAUUAGGAAAUCAUUUUCUCAACCUGGGCUUCGUUCCUUUGCUUUUAAGAAGGAUUUCCAAGAGGGAGGCCUUAGGAGUAACAGCUUUGUCAGGUCAUUUGAAGAAGAUGCAAUUUCACUGAACCUAAAAAGUCAACUCAUCUAUGGACACAGCGUUGUGCAGCCAACUGACAUUGCAGAAAACCGGACUAUGUUGUUUACGAUUGGCCAGUCUGAAGUUUACCUUAUCAGUCCUGACACAAAAAAAGUCGCAAUUGAGAAAAGCUUUAAAGAAAUAUCCUUUUGUUCUCAGGGAAUUAGACAUGUGGAUCACUUUGGGUUCAUCUGCAGAGAGUCUUCAGAAAAUGGAGGCUUCCACUUUGUUUGCUAUGUGUUUCAGUGUACAGAUGAAGCAUUGGUUGAUGAAAUCAUGAUGACAUUGAAACAGGCUUUCACUGUGGCUGCUGUGCAACAAACUUCCAAGGCACAGCCCCAGCUCUGUGAAGGGUGUCCUAUGCAAAGUUUGCAUAAACUCUGUGAAAAGAUAGAAGGGUUGCACCCUUCUAAGACUAAACUAGAACUACAAAAGCAUCUAACUACACUAAAUAACCAGGAACAAGCCUCUGUUUUUGAAGAGGUUCAGAAAUUAAGACCACGAAAUGAACAAAAAGAAAAUGAGCUGGUUAUCUCUCUACUGAGAAACAUAUAUGAAGAAAAACAGAAGGACCAUGUUCAUGUUGGAGAAGCAAAACAGGCUUCACAACCUCCUGCUGAGAAUGCUGCAAAUGAAGUGUCCAGCAGUGCUCCGAGAUUCAGAUUAGACAUGUUAAAGAACAAAGCGAAAAGGUCUCUUACAGAAUCUUUUGAAAAUAUUUUAUCACGUGGCAGUAAAGCCAGAGGUCCACUGGACAGGUCUGGUUCUGUGGAUCUGGAGAGCUCUAUGUCCAGUACCUUAAGCAGCACAAAUAAAGAGCCACCAUUGUGUGAAAAGGAGAAAGACAGACUUCCUGUGCUUCCUGCAGAAAAUGCUGUCAAAGCCAGUGGAUCAGUGGGUGAUGUCUGCAGUGACACAGAGGUUUCCUCUCUGGAGCAGUCUGUUACGUUGCCCCAGCAGAGCUUUCGGAGGCGAGCAAACACACUGAGUCAUUUACCAACAGAGAGCCAGGAAUCUCUGGGACCUGUCGAAACAUCACCAUCUGUUCCUCAGAGAAAACUUAUGAGUUCUUCUGGUCAACUUGCACGUUCUCCUACUCUAGCUCGUCUUAAUCCCUCGGCCUCUUCACCCAACUUUUUAAAAUAUCUAAGACAUAAUUCAAGUGGAGAACCAAGUGGGCAUUUUCCACAAAAAAGCAUCUCCUACCGUACUGCCUUAAGGAAAAAGCUUCAUUCUUCUUCUUCUGUGCCAAAUUUCUUAAAAUUUCUGGCUCCUGUAGAUGAAAAUAACACCUCUGACUUUAGGAGCACAACAAGCGACUACGACUCCAAGCACGGCCAGCAGGCCCUUGACUCGGACAGCCCCGUAAGGACUCGCAGGCAUUCCUGGAGGCAGCAGAUAUUCCUGCGAGUGGCCACCCCUCAGAAAGCGUGUGAUUCUCCCAGCAGAUACGAUGAUUACUGUGAAUUGGGAGAUCUUCCACCCAGAUCCCCAUUGGAGCCAGUGUGUGAAGAUGGCCCCUUUGGGCCAGUGAAAGAAGAAAGGAAACGGACACCCCAUGAGCUUCGUGAGCUGUGGAAGAAAGCCAUUAUCCAGCAGAUACUGCUCCUCAGAAUGGAGAAAGAAAACCAGAAGUUACAAGCAUCUGAAAACAAUUUGCAGAACAGGCGCCUGAAACUUGACUACGAAGAAAUCACACCAUGCUUAAAAGAAGUAACUUUGAUUUGGGAAAAAAUGUUGAGUACACCUGGAAGGUCAAAGAUUAAAUUUGAUGUGGAAAAAAUACACUCUGCUGUUGGACAAGGAGUACCACGUCAUCACCGUGGGGAGAUCUGGAAGUUUCUAGCUGAGCAAUACCAUCUUAAACAUCAGUUUCCAAGUAAACAACAACCAAAGGACACACCUUAUAAAGAACUCCUAAAACAACUAACUUCCCAACAGCAUGCAAUUCUUAUUGACCUAGGGCGCACAUUUCCAACACAUCCAUACUUCUCAGCACAGCUGGGAGCUGGGCAGCUGUCACUCUACAAUAUUUUGAAGGCCUAUUCACUUCUGGACCAGGAAGUAGGAUAUUGCCAGGGCCUUAGUUUUGUAGCAGGCGUUUUAUUACUACAUAUGAGUGAAGAAGAUGCUUUUAAAAUGCUGAAGUUUCUUAUGUUUGACAUGGGCCUGAGAAAACAAUAUCGUCCUGACAUGACAAUUUUACAGAUCCAGAUGUACCAAUUGUCUCGACUUCUUCAUGACUACCAUCGAGAUCUCUAUAACCACCUAGAGGAACAUGAGAUUGGCCCCAGCCUCUAUGCUGCUCCCUGGUUCCUCACCAUGUUUGCCUCCCAGUUUCCCCUUGGAUUCGUAUCCAGAGUGUUUGAUAUGCUCUUUCUUCAAGGAUCAGAGGCUAUAUUUAAAGUAGCUUUAAGCCUUUUGGGAAGCCACAAGCCCUUAAUUCUGCAGCAUGAGAAUCUAGAAACUAUUGUUGAUUUUAUUAAAAGCACUCUCCCCAACUUGGGUUUGGUACAGAUGGAAAAGACCAUUAGUCAGGUAUUUGAAAUGGACAUUGCCAAACAGUUGCAAGCUUAUGAGGUUGAAUAUCAUGUGCUUCAGGAUGAACUUAUAGAUUCAUCUUUAAAUGACAAUCAGAGACUGGAUAAAUUAGAAAAGGCAAACAGUAGCUUGCGCAAACAAAACUUUGAUCUCCUGGAAGAACUGCAGGUGGCUAAUGGAAAAAUCCAAAACCUUGAAGCUACAGUAGAGCUUUUAUUGACCAAUGAAGGCAAACUGAAGCAGUCCAUUCUCACUCUUGAGCAGGAGCGAGCAGCUCUGCUGAAAGCUGUGGAAGAGAUGCGAAAAAAGAUGGGUGAUACAGAUGGGAAGCCUCUACUUACUGGACAAGAACUGGAGGCUGACUGAUUUGCACAGUUGUAAGGGAGCAGAGAAGCUGAGCAAGAAACAAAGGGAAGAACUGAGUCAUUUUGUCAUGAUCCAAGGGGAUUUGACAUUGUCGUGUUCUUUGUACACUCCUUACUGUGGCAAAGCGAGAUGGGGGCAUGGUGGAUUUCCAUAUCAGAGAAGCUGGUUUUGUGGGGAAAAGGCUCUUCUUAGUAUGUAGAAAUACUAUGAAGAGUGAGAUGCCACAUAAGAAAUAGUAAACAGGAGAAACUUAUUAGUGUGUGCAGUCAUACACAAUACACUGUAAAUACAGUAUGGAUUCUUGAAUAAGUUCUUCUAAACCUAAGUGCUUUGGGUUUGUCGCAUGUUUGUUUGAACGGUGUCUGAAUCACCACCAUGUUAAAUAGCACAUCCUUUAGAAGGUGUUUUGAAGAAAUAUGUCAGUGUGAAACCUUUGAAUGUAUGACUGCCCCAUUGCAGCUAUGCAGUGGUAACAUUUACAGGUGAUUUGUAGUUGGACUUGAGAUUUUUGACAGUGUAAUUCCCCUACAGUUUGGCUGGGUUCUGUUAAUUAUGUUGUUUACACCUCAGAAAACUGCUUCCUGAUACUUGAAGGUGUCAAUCCAUUGGACUCCCGGGAGCUGGACAUUAUCAUAUGUAACUAUGCAUAACUGGGGGUUGCCUUCCUUUUUUAAGUAUGUUGGUUUAGUAUAUUUCUUGUUUAACUACUAUUAAUUUAGUGUAUUGUUAGUUAGCAUUAUCUGCUAAACAUACUGUAUAUAGUAACUGCAUUAUUCUUAACAAAAUAUACUGACAUUAAUUUGGUGAA